GCGGUGCUGCCCGCCGCUGCUGGCGCCAGUGCUCGCAGUGCGGGGCUCCCGCCCCGGGGCAACCGAGUGGGUUGGUGACCACCCGGCCACGCCGUGCAGCCUAGGCCUUGACAUCGCAUCCGUACCCCCCAAGGGGGACCGUGCCUGACGUUCAGGGGCAAAGCUCAUCUGCCCGGGUCACCGGGGCCUUGGACGCGGACGCAGGGGGGUGAUCGCACUCCCGAACCUUUCCCAUUCUUGACGAGCAGCUGUCACGGAUACAGGGCUAACUCUUGGGGGCGGGACCUCGGGACCACGGCCUCCUCCAACUCCAGUCCCUCCUCACGGGUGUGUGACCUUGAGGGAGAGCCCCAACCUCCGCGUGCUCAUGUUGCUUAUCUGCAAAAUGGGUGUCCUGACAGUACUUAGCUCCAGCGUUGUUGAGAGAGCUGGUGCGAUGGAAAGAGCCCAAGUGUUCAGAGCCCAGGCAGCUCCAUAAAAUGAGCCGUCAGACUGCUACAGCAUUACCUACUGGUACCUCCAAGUGUCCACCAUCCCAGAGGGUGCCUGCCCUGACUGGCACAACUGCAUCCAACAAUGACUUGGCGAGUCUUUUUGAGUGUCCCGUCUGCUUUGACUAUGUGUUACCACCCAUUCUUCAGUGUCAGAGUGGCCAUCUUGUCUGUAGCAACUGUCGUCCGAAGCUCACAUGUUGUCCAACUUGCCGGGGCCCGUUGGGAUCCAUUCGCAACUUGGCUAUGGAGAAAGUGGCCAAUUCAGUACUUUUCCCUUGUAAAUAUGCCUCUUCUGGAUGUGAAAUAACUUUACCACACACAGAAAAAGCAGACCACGAGGAGCUGUGUGAGUUCAGGCCUUACUCCUGCCCAUGCCCUGGUGCUUCCUGUAAGUGGCAAGGCUCUCUGGAUGCUGUCAUGCCUCACUUGAUGCACCAGCAUAAGUCCAUUACCACCCUGCAAGGGGAGGACAUCGUUUUCCUCGCGACAGACAUUAACCUUCCUGGCGCUGUUGACUGGGUGAUGAUGCAGUCCUGUUUUGGCUUUCACUUCAUGUUGGUCUUAGAGAAGCAGGAGAAGUACGAUGGUCACCAGCAGUUCUUCGCAAUUGUACAGCUGAUAGGAACACGCAAGCAAGCUGAAAAUUUUGCUUACCGACUAGAGCUAAAUGGUCAUAGGCGGCGAUUGACUUGGGAAGCGACUCCCCGAUCUAUUCACGAGGGAAUUGCUACAGCCAUUAUGAAUAGUGACUGCCUAGUCUUUGACACCAGCAUCGCACAGCUUUUUGCAGAAAAUGGCAAUUUAGGCAUCAAUGUAACUAUUUCCAUGUGUUGAAAUGGCAGUCAAACAUUUUUGGACCAGUGUUUAAAACUUGCAUUUCACAGAGAACAAGGCACCCAUCUGCCUGCCAAUCUGAAACUCUUGGUAGGUGGAAGCUAGACACAUGAAGGUAAAUAAAAGAAAGGCUUUAAAUACAGGAAACAGUUGCAUGUAGUAACACUAAUAUAUUUAAAAAUAAGUCAACAGUAAACCACUGAAAAAGUAUAUAUAUAUACACACCCAGGAUGGGCAUCUUUUGUAUUAAAGGAAGCAUUGUAAAAUAAUUCUGAAUUUUGUGUUUGUUGUAGAUUGAUUGUAUUGUUGACAAAUAAUUGAUUUUUGUUUUGUUUUAUUUUGUUUUGUUUUCUGCGCGUGUUUUUUUUUCUUUAACUGACAAGCCAUCAGGUGGUCCUGGGCCACUGCUUCUCCCUUUAUGAGUCAACACACAGUGCUGCUCUUUUUCUCCCCUCUUGUGUGUGAGUGUAUUUGCUAAUUUUUAUUAAUUCUAGGUUUUCAUUAAAUUACCUUUUUUUCUGUAAUUCAGGUUUUUCCUCACUUUUUUGUACCUUUUAAAGUUAGUGUCUUUUGAUAUGCAUAAUUGUUUAUGGUAAACUUUAUAUGUUCAGUACAUUCUUUUCUCUUAUUAUCAGUUCAUUAGAAAGUUUUUAAAUUAAGCUGUUUUUUGAAGAUAUGGAUCCCUGAAAGGAAACCUCAGAAAAACUAUCAAAAGCUACUUAAGACAGCUUGACGAUGUCUCUUUCUCAUUCUCUCUCACGCUCUUCCAUUCACAUGAUACCUUCAGGCUUACUCUUUGAAAGGUUAGGGAAUAAAUUCUGAGUUACUUAAAUAUUUAAAAACCAGGCUCUUUAUUUUUCCUUUUUCAAAUAUCUUGGACAAAUCACAUGUUUAAAAUUUGUUCUUGUGUUUAUUGGUUUUACAAAAGAAAGCAUCAUCAUACACAGUAUUUGUAAUUAAAAACAAAAAUCAUUUGUUUAAAAACAGUUUGCAAAAAAAUGUUUUUGGUCUUUUAUAAUUCUCAUUAAAAGAUUAUCUGGCAAAUUAAAAA